CUUGCCCACAAUCAUAAGAAAAAAAGAAAAGAAAAUGCAAUAAACACAGUUUUACAUGAAGUAUUCAAACAAAAGCAAACUCAAAACGUGUGCACAGCGUGUGUGCCGUACGAGGUCAACGCAGCAAGUGACGUGCGCUCAUAACUCGAGCAACAGCAACAAUUAAUCAACAAUCCAAAAUAAGCGCUGCCGUCAAUGAGGAUGACCCACACCCACACCCGCAACCCGCUAAAGCAAAAGCAAACGCAUUGAUUACCCACAACUACAUACUACAUUUACUUCGUGCGAACAACGAACAACGCGGAGCCGCCAUUGAUGCAAAAAAUCACACUAUUUCAACCGGAGAAAAUUAUUGUAAAAUUAUGCAAACAUGUCCCAAUUAACAUGCAAAAGUGAGGAGGCGGCUGACACGCAAAAGUUGCCAACAGAAGAGACGCAAGAUCUGGAGCCCGGCGAGCUGGUCACACCGCCGCAUAAGCAGCAGCAACAACAACAACAAGUCAACGGCAGUCCAGCGCUAAAGAAAAUAUUGGCCAAGGACGUUAUGAACAAAGCAUUGCGCAAGCUGACCCCGCAAAUCGAUAACGACAGCUGCAAGGAAGGAGUGCGUGCUAAGCUCGAACUCGAGGUGGACGCCAUCAGGCGAAAAUCCAAUGCAACAGCACGUACAAUGGAAAAUGGCAAAUCAACAGCAGCAGCGAAUGAGGCUGAUGACAGCGAAGGUUUGUACUCCGACACGGACACGUCCCAGGAAGGCGAAAAGAACCUAGAAGAUGUGCAACAGGCGCGCAAGGAAAAGCAAGCCGAAGCAGCCGCCGCUGCUGCAACACCGCCGCCAAACGGUCCCAAUCCGUUUAUGGGCCUGCGCUUUCAUAUGCGCCCGCCGUGCUUUGAUUAUGGACGCAUGGCCCAUAGAAUGCCCAGAAUGCCACGAGGUGGCAUGCGCGGCAUGCGUGCGCAUUUCUUUCCCAGAACAACAGUGCCCAAUCGCAUGCCCGUCAACAUGUCGUCCUUGGCACCAGCAGCAACAGCAAACAAUGUUGCUCAGAACGCCGCCGGCUCAAAGCCAAUGAGCACUUAUGGCCCUGUACCACCCCCGCACCCAGGUCAGGCGCAAGGUCACAGCGCCAAACGUUGCCAGUCGGAUGUCAUCUGGACAACAUCACAGCCACGCCUGCCGUUUAUCUAUAAUGUUAUCUCGGACUGCAGCAAUGCGGAUCACAAGAGCUGCAAGCCGAAGGAGCCACCAAGAGCCAAAGAAGCGCAAAGCAAAGAGACGCAUUUGAAAGAGCGAAAUGAAAGGCAACGCGGACGCUCGAAGGAUAAGCAGGACAGACAUUCAGGCCAUGGUGACAAAAGAAGAGAACGAUCAAGAGAAAAACAUAAUGCACGCUCCAAGGAACGAGCUAGGCGAGAUUCGAAGGAAAAGCACAGACAACGCUCCAAGGAACGAAAGAGCUCCAGAGACAAAGACAGAGCGCGCUCCAAGGCAAAGUCGCAUGAGCGUAAACGGGAGCGCUCCAAAGAAAUUAAUAGAGACAAGAAAAGAGAACGUUCUAAGGAGAAGACAAAGGCAACUGAAGCUUCCCGCUCUAAGGAGCGCAAAACGGAUAGAGAACGCUCCAAAGAAAAACACACUGUGCGCUCAGCUAACCAAGCGCGUGAGCCGUCCAAGGAAAAAGUGAGUGAGAAGCCAAAAGUUAGUUCAAGUCGCUGCACACGCAGUCGCAGCAAAAGUCGCAAGACUGAAGAGGAACAACGUGGAACAACGCCGCCAGCACUGCCACAGCCAAUUACAAAUACCAAGGACUCGGAACUCUCGCUGACGCCACCAGGCGCAGCAGCAGUGCCUGAGCCUGCUGAAACGCCUAAAGCGUUUGAUAUAUUUGCCGAAUCGCCACCAAGACUGAACAAAGCGUCAAGUGUUGAACGACCAGCGACGCCAACAACGCCGCCAAUCAUCAGCAGCACGACGCCUCCGCCUAAGCGCAGCAUGACGCCGCCGCCGCCGACAACCAAAGCUGAGGUAGUGCCUAUGCCCAUACCUGCUCCCAUACCUGUGCCCGCGCCCGCGCCCGCACCCGCACCUGCUGCUGCUUCGCAGAAGGUGAAGAAAAUAUACAGCGAGAUACACAGUCGCAUUGGAGCGCUGCUGGAGGAUGAUGAUUUGCAUUUGGAGGCGCUGCUGGCCAAGCAGCAAUUGCUGCUCAAAAGCAAAAAGGAAGCGCCAAAAGAAGCGUUGAGCAUUAAGCAGGAGCCCAGCGAUGCCAAGCCUGCCAAUCCCUUCAAGCGUGACACAGUAUUAGCUGCAGCGCCCAGACUCUCGCCCAGACGCAGUGCCACGCGCAGCAUAAAGCAGGAGAGGCAUCGCUCCAGCACGCCGCCUUUAAUGUCGCCGCGUCACAUUAAAAAGGAGCGCAACCUAACACCACCCAGAGCCGCCAAGCGUCAAGCUACGCCAGUUGAGCAUAGUCCCGAUACGGACGACUAUAUAGACAGCUGGGAAAAUGACGACUCCCAAGUGGGCGGCGAUAGUAAUACGCCCAAGCAGGCAGCGCAGACAAGCCGCGCCUAUGGCGAAGAUGAUGACUCCAAUGUGGAGCUGUGGAAUGCCAAGAGCACGCCGCCACCCAGAACUCAGUCGAUAGGCAGCCAAGCAACUGCCGACGAGCCAGACAAGUCGCUCAUCAAUAUACACGAGCUAUAUGACAAGUUUAUGAAGAGUAUUAAAAUGGGUGGUGGCAAUGCCACAGCGGAGGCUGCAAUGGAUACAAGCAAAGCGAGUUCCUUAAGCCAAAACACUGCCGAUGAAGACGAAGACGAGGACAGCAGCUCCAGCGAUACAGACUCGAGGACAAGCAGCAGCAGCAGCAGCUCGAGCAGCAGCAGCGAUGAUGAUGAGGCGGACUCCAGCAGCGAGGAGCAGCAGCAACAGCAACAACAGUUGGAAACUCAAGCACAGAGCACGCCAGCGCUGCAUAAGAAGAACAAUGUUAGCAAGGAUUUGCGCAAGCUGAAAAGCCUGGAGGACAAUCUAGCGCGCAUACAAAUGAUGCGUGAGAACUAUGACUCUGGUGAUGACAUCUGCGAGGAGCUGCUCAAAAUGGAGUCGCUAUUCCUAAUGCAACGCAAUGCCAUCAUGGAUAAGUAUCGCAAAUCGGAGCUGAAGCCCUUGGUCAGCGAGGAGGAGCAGCCAGCGCGACCAAUGACGCCAGUCAAUAAUAUUUUUGAUGCGAAUCGUGAGGCAAUCAAGUUGACCAUUUCACCACUAAAACUUACACGCAAGUCUGCAAUAUUUGACAAGGAUGAGCAUGAAGCGCCGCCAGUGCUGCCAGCUCCGGCUGCAUUUGCCAUGGAGGAGAAGUUCAGUCGGCCGCCCAAGGAAAUUGCUAUUGUUAAGCCGACCAUAAUGGAUACGCGCGCUAAGCUGCCGCCGCAUCAAGCAAUGCGUCCAAAUCAUCAUCAGCCAGCGCCGUAUCAUCAACAAGCGUCGCAUCAUCAUGACCAGCAGCACUAUCAGCACCACCAUCAGCCACUGAAGCGCUCACGCACACGAGAGCGCGAGCCAGAGCGCUCACGCACUCGCGAGCGGGAGCGCGACCACGAACGUUCACACACACGCGAGCGGGAGCGUUCACGGGAUCGCUCACGCGCACACGAUCAAGAGCGGGAGCGUUCACGUUCACGCUCACGUUCGCCCAACCGCAAUCAUUUCCGUCGCCCUGUGCGCAGCGCUCGCAGCAAGGAGCGGCUGGCCACACGCUCGCCCAGUCCGCGACGUCGACGCCUGCAGCACUCGCCCAGACGUGGCUCUCGCUUCAGCAAAUCGCGUCGCAGCAUGAGCCGCAGUCGCACGCGCAGUCGCAGUCCGCGCAGACGACGCCCAAUGCAGCCGCAGCCUGGACGUCGACGCAGCUCGCUUUCACCUCUAGCGCCUGGCAAAAUGAGCGGUCCACGCUCGCCGGCGCCAUCUUCGGGGCGUCGCCGCAGCUACAGUCGCGAGCGCGGCUACUCACGCUCGCCGCUGCCGUUCAAGCCACCGUCGCCGCCCACGCGUCGCAGCUGGUCCCAGUCGCGCUCACCGCUGCGUCGACGCAGGCCGCCGAGACGCGACCUGCCUGCGCACAACUUCAGCGACUACUUUGCGGAGAACCAGAGCAUGGAGGCAGCUGCUUAUUAUUACAACAUGUCCAUAAUGGAGCCGGAUGCCAAUGGCGAGCAGUAUGAUGGCUAUAAUGCCUACAUGGACAGCGCCUACAACAUGGAGCAGGCCUAUGCGCAGUAUCAAGAGUAUCCAGCUACGGAUUAUGACUAUGCUGGAGAGCCGCAGCAGCUGGAGCAGCCAGUGGGUGCGGUGCUGCGUGAGCUGCCCAAGACAUCGGUGGCAGUGCAAAAGGGCAAUGUGCUGGAGAUUGUGCCCAGCGAGGAGCCAGUGGUGGAGCAGCCAGUCAUAGAGCAGCCGCCAGCGCCAGUGGAGCCGCCAGCGGAGGACGACAGCAAACCCAAACGCAAGCGCGUCAACUUUGUGGACAAUGUGCUGCCGAAUUAUGAAAGCGACAGCGAGGAUCGCAAGAUUGUCCAGCAGGCAAUCGAUCGUGCUCUGCGCACCUUUAAGGAGCGUCAAGCCGCCAAGACUGCUGCGGAGCAGCGCGCACGUGAGCAGCUGCUGGGGCAUGCACCGCCGCCACCGCCUGCGUGUCCAAGGCCCGCAGGCUUGGAUAAACCUGUGAUACUGCCAAAGAAGCCGCGCUUCCGUUAUUUUCACUUCGAUGAGCUCAAGGGCGCAAUUGUCGUGAGUAAUGCGCGCAUGAUGCGCUCAGCGCUGCCGCAGCCGCCGUCGCGCUUCGAUCCCAAGUACAUGGCCAUGCUGGUGAAGACGGGACGACUGCCUAUGCCCGCGUUUCUGCGUCAGCGACCACCACCGCUGCCAGCACAGACGGACGCACUGCUGCAGGAAUUCUUUAGCAAGCAUCCGCCGCCGCCGCUGCAAACCAUGCCGCAUUAUAUGCGUGGACCGCCGCCCACUGCGCCGCCGCCGCUGCCGCUGCCGUCAGCUGCGCAGCCCAUACCCGUGCUCGGCGCUCAAAGCUACAGCAACUAUCCAACUCCAGCUAUCCCAUCCCGCCCCACAGCUGCCCUUCUGCCCACACCAGACGUGCCACCAAUAGUGCCUCCUAUAGCGCCGUCGCCGCCUGUCAAGGUGGCUGCUCCCCCACUCAUCUCCACGCCGCCGCCCAUGCUACCGCAGUACUUGACGCCGCCACCGCUGCCUCCGCUCUCAACAAACUUCAACAACCUGCAGCCCGUGCCCGCAAUGCGAGAGAUUAUACCUGUGGACAUUCUGCAAAAGAUUGGACCGCUGCCCAAGACGCUGGAUCUGGAUGGCGGCACUGCCGGCCUAGACGAAGCUCAAGCUGAUCUCAAGCAAGUGCCGCCAAGCACCUUGGUGACUUCUUAGCCGGAGAGCUGCUGCCAAUCCUUAAGCUGGACACAUCAUUACAAUUUAGUCCUAAGUAGUUAACUUGUAGUCUCUUGACAUUGAUGUAGAAAAUAUUAUUUUUUUUCUUAACCUAAAAUGCGUCGCUGGUUAAUUCCCGAUUGAAUUUUAUAUUUAUAAUUAUCGAUUUAUAUUUUGUAAGCAGAAUGCAUUUACUAUUGAUUUCGAUGGCGCAUGUUGUACGAAAUUAAUUAAUUGUAAAUAAGAAUUAUAUUGAAUGCUAGCCCCUGCCCCGCCACCCACCACCAUCCCCUUUGAGUCAUGUUUAUUAUAAGUGACAUACGUAAUUAACAAUUACCACACACACACACACACAAUUAUACAAACAAAUAAACAAUUCAUUGAUUGUACACACUUAAUACAAAUACAAAAGUUGUUAAAUAUAUAUGCAAUGGUUAUGGGGAACUUGGACAGAAGCCAAGCGAUGAACACUCGGUGCUAAUUAAUAAG